AAGAUUUGUGGAAGCGGCAGCUAACGAGUACUGGUUGUCGCAAUCGAAACACAAUCUAAAUAUGACACGUUGCUGUCUCGACCCGAGAUCGCUGUUAAAGACUGAGAAGAAACAGAAAUAUACUGAAACGCACACCAAUGACAAGGAACUCGACAUCGAGCCGUUCAGUUCCCUGCAGCUUUGCGACGAGUAUCGCGAUGGUCUUCCCGAAGAAACGAGACGAAUUCAUAUGAAUCAUCUCAGGAACAUUACUGAUAGACUUCUGCGAGAACAACUGGCGUUAUCUACAUGCGAAGAUCAUUCGUAUCCGAACGAAAUCAAAUUUUGCAACAAAGGACGGAGCCGAAGUUGGACCGUGCAGAGUAGAAGCCAGCACGACAGUAAAGAUGGUCGUGAAUCUAUACAGACCCUGGAACCAUGGGUUGAAUCUUCGAUUGCCAAAAGUGUUGACGACAAACACCAACAAAGCGAUUCAAUAACCGAAAACGCCACUCUUUGCACUGCGUUUGAACUAUUAUCGACAAUAUCGUGCGGUAACAUGUGCGAUAGAAAAAAGAGUAUGAAAACCACGCCGCCUAAAAAGAAUCCCCCGAAGAAAUACGACGAUGAUUUGAAGGUAGUUGGCCCUCUGAUUCCACGCGAAAUCAGUUUUGAGAACCGCGGCGCCUUCAGAAAUGGUAUGCCGCGGGAGGAGCUCGUGAUCAAAGCAAAACGUAAAAAAUUUCUGAAGAAAUUGCUUGACAGGUCGGGAAGCAUCGAUCGCUCAACGAAAGUUAAAAAAGUCAGGGUGUACGUCGAUCCUCCGAAACGAACUGGGGGCAACAAUAGUGUCGGAAACAGCACGGUUACUUGGCCAACGGUGCGAAACGAAUUUUAAGGUUAUCAAACCAAAUAGGACUCGUCCGGAGACGUUCGUUGUGGUACUUUAUGCUUGUGACUAGUGUAGAGGAUUAUACAAAGUUUUAAAAG